ACAAUGUAAUCCAAAAAGGGUACGAACAAGUAGCUGGGCAUACCCACAGAGAGAGAGAGAGAGAGAGGGAGAGAGACCCAACGAAGCAAAAACUGAGGAACCCGGGAAAAGAGAGAGCUUGCCCUGAAGGCUGCACGAAAGCAGUUCAAUUGGGUAAAGACACAAGGAAAUAGUGCAAAAAAAUCGCAGCUUUGUGGUGAGAAUUGACACGGGAGGCAUGGAAAAAAUGGCUUCUUCAAGCCAAAGAAGCGACUCCAACAAUGGCAACACCUUCUUCGAUGUCUAUGGACCUGAGGCUAAAGCAGAAGUUGUCUUGAAGACUCCUGACGCUAACUCAACCUUGAAUUUGCAAGAUGUUCAAGGACUUGUCACCUGGGUUCUCGCCGAAGGAUUUAUGCCAUCAUGGGUUUUCAUUAAAAAUAAGCCCCUUAUUCCAAAAGUGGUCAUGCUUUAUAUCCCAGGACUGGAUGCUGCACUGUAUAUGUCAAACUCCAAAUUACUUGCUGGGCUUAAACAAUGUUGUGGCAAUCCAAGGGCAGUUAUGGCUCUAAGUUGUGUAUCAGAUGGGAUGCAGACCAUAGAUGCACUUCUGACAUGCAAGCUCAAGAGAAAAAGAAGUCAAAGUGAUUUGGCAGAAAACCCUAAUCAGAUAUAUGGUAAAGAUCUAUCCACUUUGGAAAUCCUGAAAAAUAUACCAUUUCCCAUCUCAUAUUACACACUCACGGCCAAAGAACUAGAAGACAAUGGUUACUGUCUCAGCCAACCAGGAUUUGUGUCUACUCUUCCUGCUCCUUCAGGAUCUUGUCCCUAUGAAUUGUUGGCUCUUGAUUGUGAGAUGUGCAUUACAGGCGAGGGCUUCGAACUCACCAGAAUUACCCUUGUUGAUGUGAAAGGAGAGGUGGUUUUAGAUAAACUUGUCAAACCAGCAAAUCACAUAGUCGAUUACAACACUAGGUUUAGUGGAAUCACCUUUGAGAUGCUGGAUGGUGUUACAACAAGUCUUGAGGAUGUUCAAAGAGAUUUCCUUAAGCUGGUUUACCAGGAGACUGUUCUAAUUGGGCAUUCGUUGGAGAAUGACUUGUUGGCAUUGAAGAUUUCUCAUAAAUUGGUAAUUGACACAUCAGUAAUGUACAAGCACCGUGGAGGGUCUUACAAGCCUGCUCUUCGUGUGCUUGCCAAAAGAUUUCUUUCCAGAUGCAUACAACAGUCGGAAAGUGGACAUGACAGUAUUGAAGAUGCAAGAGCUACUAUGGAAUUAGCAUUGCUAAAGAUUAGACAUGGACCUGAUUUCGGAGCUCCUCCAUCAUUUAUUCGGAAGAAGUUUCUUACAGUUUUAAGUGAGUGUGGGAAAAUUACCUCUUUCAUUGAUGAGAUAUCGACGGUCAAGAGAUAUGCUGCUGGAUCGUCCCAUGUGUUACCAGUGUCUUCUGAUGAUGAUGCUCUUUUGAAGGCCACAAAGGAGGUGAAAAGUGAACGAGCCCACUUUGUUUGGGCUCAUUUCUCAGAACUAUAUUCCUAUUUUGAGAAACAAGCAGAAGAGUCUGAUAGUUUAAAUAGAAGAUUGGCUGAGCUGAUGUCCUUGCUAACAUGCAAGAAGAAUUCUGUGAAAAGGAACAAGGCCAAAUGUAGUAUUGCGCCUGAAUUAGAGGAAAUUCUUGGACGUAUUGAUACUAGAGUCCGCAGCCUGUAUGAUGCUUUACCCACCAAUGCCAUGCUUAUAAUUUGUACUGGUCAUGGGGACACGGCUAUUGUUCGUAGAUUGAGGAAGAUGCUUGCGGAGCAGAGUGAAACCACAAUAGAUCGUGACAAGAUCGUGAAGAUUUUGGAAGAGCUUCAGGCCCAAGCUGAAGUAGCUCUAUGUUUUGUGGGAGUGAAGCAUUGACUUUUGAUUGGAGGUCCAUUGGCAUUCUUUUUUGUCUGGCCAAUUGAUUUUUGGAAUUGUAGCUUUUGUAAAUUUGUUUAUGCUUUGUUUGCUCAGAUGUUGUAGAUCCGUGUUUAAUUAAGCUUUCAUUUGGAAA